GAGGAAGUAGGUUUUUUUUGGGGGGAGGGGAGUCGGAAGGGAAGAGAAAAUUUUCCGGUGAGAUUUGACAGUGUCGGUUCUCUGACGCUCCCCAAUUUUUUUUCUUUCUUCGUCUCUCCCUGAAUGCCUUCAUCCGUGUUCAGGAAACUUGCGGCGAUUUAUGAACGGAGGAGCAACGGAUUAAAAGGCGCCAUGGAUUCAAGCGAUGCUAAGGAUAUCAUCUUGUGGCCAUAUAUAGAUCCAAGAUUCGGAAAAUCGAAGUAAAUUUUCAGCUGAAUUAGGUCUGUUGAUAAUAGAGGGAAACGAGCACUUUUUCUGUUGUUUGUGUAGAAAGUAUGAGAAAUCCAGAGUGGUGACUGCAGAUAAAUCUGAGAAUCAUUGCCAAAGUUGGCAUGAACUGCUUGGCUGCUACCAUUGUCUUCACUUGUAAGCCGAUCUCGGAUAUGGCUAUUGUUAUAUCCUCUCAAAGAUGCAGACUCCACUCCCUAACCAACCUCGAUUACAACUUUCUCGAGUGUAGCACUAAGCAAACCGACCUUGCACACUCCUUGAACCGAGCCUUUGAAGACGACAACUUCCAUCGCAGCAUCUCCACUCCAUGCUUCUCCAUAGCAGCGGCUGCUAAACUGGAGGAAGAGUUCCAAGCCGCGGCUCCUAGGGUUGAGAUUCUUGGUGGCCGGAGAGUGCCCUCUGUGCGUGCCCUCGUGGCUGAAGUGGCCAUGGCUAUGGUUUCUGGAGUUCAGCCUCUGCUUUUACCGAGUGGGUUGGGAGGUGCGUAUCUGUUGCGGUCCGGAAGGGGUCAUAGCAUUGCAGUGGCCAAGCCAGUUGAUGAAGAGCCUUUAGCCUUCAACAAUCCUAAAGGGUCCGGAGGUUUGAUGCUUGGGCAAUUGGGAAUGAAACGGUCUGUUCGUGUCGGAGAGACAGGCAUCCGGGAACUGGCUGCUUACCUCCUUGACCACCAAGGUUUUGCCGGCAUUCCAGACACAGCAUUGGUCAGAAUCUCGCAUGUCCCCUUCCAUGUCAGUGACGCGUUUCCAUUCUCCACCAUGCCCUAUAAAGUAGCCUCCUUGCAACGGUUCGUGGGUCAUGAUUUUGAUGCAGGGGAAUUAGGUCCCGGAAGCUUCUCGGUUGCCUCGGUUCAUCGUAUUGGGAUACUCGAUGUGAGAGUCCUGAACCUCGACAGACAUGCUGGAAACAUGCUCGUGAGGAGAUGCGACCAAGGGGUGGGUCAUAAUCGAGUUGGGGCUGCUGAGCUUGUGCCUAUAGAUCAUGGUCUCUGCCUGCCUGAAUGCCUUGAUGAUCCUUAUUUUGAAUGGCUUAACUGGCCUCAAGCUUCGGUUCCAUUCACUGAUUCUGAGCUUCAGUACAUAUCCAAUCUGGACCCUUUCAAAGAUGCAGAGCUUCUAAGAACUGAGCUCCGCUCCAUCCGGGAAUCAUCCAUACGAGUCCUUAUUGUCUGUACGAUUUUCUUGAAACAAGCUGCAGCUGCAGGGCUCUGUCUUGCAGAGAUAGGCGAGAUGCUGACCCGGGAAUGGAACUACGGGGAAGAAGAGAGAUCCAGUUGGUUAGAGCUCCUCUGCACAAAAGCAAAGUCAAGCAUGGUGGAUGAACGUGACGAAGAUGAUGAUUACAAUCACAAAUGCAACGAUUCAGAAACUGGAGGAGAGUGUGGAAAUCUUCAACUCCAUGGCGAAUUUGAAGAUACCCCAAGCGAGGUGUCCAUCCCUGCAAAUCUCUCCCCAGCCUUGUCUUCACCUGCCCAAUGGAUUCCCGAUCACAAGAGAAGUGAUGUCAGAGAAGAGGGCAGGAGGGUCGGGCUUAUCGGGAGGAGCAGAAGCCACCCGACCCGAGUAAAUCGUGAAGAAACUGGAGGUGUUUCUUUCGGGGACAUGAAGACAAGUGAGUGGGAGAUGUUCUUACAGACAUUCCAGACGAUCCUACCAGAAGCACUUGAAGAAAGAUCGGACAGCAAGGGAUCGAAGCCGAGAUUCGGAUGUUCCUGCGAGUUUUGAAGAAAAGGGUUCAAAGAAGAAACCUAAGAGAUUAUGAAUUCCGUGGAAAGAUUAAAUCUUUUUGUUUUCUGGUGUUUAUAAUAUGAUAGGUAACAGGUAUGCAUCAUCGGCAACAUGAACAUAGUGGCAGCUUGUAACUAUUAAGACCCAUUUGAAAGAAAGCAAAUGGAAGAGUGAGACGAGCAGAGACUGAGACGCCGUCCAAUCCGUUUACUUCUUUCAUCUUCUUUCUCAUUUCCUGUUGUAUCGAACACAAACGUACCAUGAAUUUGUGUAAUGAAUUGAUAAUAUGAUUUUAUUGUAUCCUCCUCCCUUGCA